AUGGCAGAGGGAGACAAAAAAAAGUCUGCCAAGAACAGGCACGGGAGCCGGAACCCRCUUCUGGCCCGGGGCAUUGGCCGCUACUCCCGGUCUGCCAUGUACGCCCGCAGGGCCAUGUACAAGAGGAAAACCAAGACCACAGAGACCAAGAUAGAGAAAAAGAUCAAGACUAGACCACAGGCUACUGUUGUCAAGCCAGUAGGAGGUGAAAAGAAUGGAGGCACCCGUGUUGUCAAGCUGCGGAAGAUGCCCCGCUACUAUCCUACAGAGGAUGUUCCUCGUAAACUGAAGAGCCACGGCAAGAAGCCCUUCAGCCAGCACAAGAGGCGGCUGCGUGCCUCCAUCACACCUGGAACUGUCCUCAUCCUGCUGACUGGACGUCACCGUGGAAAGCGUGUGGUGUUCCUGAAGCAGCUCUCAACUGGACUCCUGUUGGUCACCGGACCUUUUGCCGUGAACAGAGUCCCCCUGCGCAGGGCCCACCAGAAAUUUGUCAUUGCUACMAACACCAAAAUCGACAUCUCUGGUGUAAAAAUUCCCAAAACCGUGAACGACACUUACUUCAAGAAGAAGAAGCUGAAGAAGCCCCGUCACCAGGAGGGGGAGAUCUUUGAUACAGAGAAAGAGAAGUACCAGGUGACAGAGCAGAGGAAGGAGGACCAGAAGUCUGUUGAUUCUCAGCUCCUGCCACUCAUUAAGAAAGAACCUCACCUGAAAGSAUACCUGCGCUCCACCUUCUACCUGACGAACGGUGUCUACCCACACAAGCUGGUUUUCUAAAUGUUAAUAAAGAGUAACAACAUCUAAAGCCA